AUGAACGAUGAGGUCUCGCAACUCGCCCGCAGCCUCACCACGCAGUCCCCCGCUGGCGUCGGCGCCCUCUUCCCCCUCCUCUCGGGCGGCCCCCUCGACCCCAACAGCGAAGACUUCGACGCCAGGGAGUGGGCGAGGGCCUUUUACAACAUCCGGACCGACGCCUCGGACGGCAACCCGCCCCGGACGACCGGCAUCGCCUUCAAGGACCUCGACGUCUUCGGCUAUGACUCGCCCACGGACUACCAGAAGAGCGUCGCCAACGUCCUGCUCGCGCUGCCGACGCUGGCCAGGAAGCUCACCACCACCGCCACCACCGGCCGGAGGGGCCAGAGGAUCGACAUCCUCCGCGGCCUCGAGGGCGUCGUCCACAGCGGCGAGAUGCUCGCCGUCCUCGGCCCGCCCGGCUCCGGCUGCUCGACCUUCCUCAAGACCGUCGCCGGCGACACCCACGGCUUCUACAUCGCCGACGGCGCCACCAUCAACUACCAGGGCGUCCACCCGCGCGACAUGCGCACGGCGUUCCGCGGCGAGGCCAUCUACACCGCCGAGGUCGACGACCACUUCCCGCACCUGACCGUCGGCGACACGCUGUACUUCGCCGCCCGCGCCCGCUGCCCGAAGACGGUGCCCGAGGGCGUGUCGCGCCGCGUCUACGCCGAGCACGUCCGCGACGUGACCAUGGCCAUGUUCGGCAUCUCGCACACCAGGCACACGCGCGUCGGCGACGACUUCGUCCGCGGCGUCAGCGGCGGCGAGCGGAAGCGCGUCACCAUCGCCGAGGCCGCGCUGAGCUACUCGCCCCUGCAGUGCUGGGACAACAGCACGAGGGGUCUCGACAGCGCCAACGCGCUCGAGUUCUGCCGGACCCUGCGGACGCAGGCGGACGUCAUGGGCUCGACGUCGUGCGUUGCCAUCUACCAGGCUUCGCAGGAUGCGUAUGAUAUCUUUGACAAAGUCCUCGUCCUCUACAAGGGCCGUCAGAUCUUCUUCGGCCGCACCGACGAGGCCAAGGCCUACUUCGAGGGCCUGGGCUUCGUGUGCCCCGAGCAGCAGACGACGGCCGACUUCCUGACGUCCAUGACGAGCCACAAGGAGCGCGUCAUCCGGCCCGGGUGGGAGGGCCGGACCCCCGGCACCCCGGACGACUUCGCCGCGGUCUGGACGGCGAGCGAGCACCGCGCCCGGCUGCUGGCGGACGUCGACGACUACCUCGACCGGCACCCGUUCCACGGCGAGCACCACGACCGCUUCCUCGCGUCCCGCCGCCUCGACCAGUCCCGCUUCCAGCGCCGCCGCUCGCCCUUCACGCUGUCGUACAUGGAGCAGAUGCGCCUGACGCUCUGGCGCAACUGGGUCAUGCUCAAGGGCGACCCGAGCAUCACGCUGACGAUGCUCUUCACCAACGUCGCCCAGGCCCUCAUCGUCAGCAGCAUCUUCUACAACCUGCCGCCCGGCACCUCGAGCAUGAACCGCCGCGCCAUCCUGCUCUUCUUCAUCAUCCUCAUCAACGCCUUUGGCAGCAUCCUCGAGAUCAUGCUGCUGUACGCCAAGCGCAAGAUCAUCGAGAAGCACGCCCGCUACGCCCUCUACCACCCCAGCGCCGAGGCCCUCGCCUCCAUGGUCGUCGACCUGCCCUACAAGGUCGUCAACGCCAUCCUCAUGAACACGACGCUGUACUUCAUGGGCAACCUGCGCCGCGAGCCGGGGCCCUUCUUCUUCUUCCUGCUCAUCUCCUUCACCAUGGUGCUGACCAUGUCCAUGAUGUUCCGCCUCAUCGGCUCCGCCGCCCGCUCCGUCACCCAGGCGCUGGCCCCGAGCUCCCUCAUCCUCUUCAUGAUCUCGCUGUACGCCGGCUUCGCCCUGCCGCCCCAGUACAUGCAGGUCUGGCUCGCCUGGCUGCGCUGGCUCAACCCGGCCUACUACGGCCUCGAGAGCGUCCUGCUCAACGAGUUCGUCGGCCGCGACUUCCCCUGCUCGGCCUUUGUCCCGCAGGGCCCCGGCUACGAGUCCGUCGACCCGGCCCAGCGCGUCUGCUCCUCCGCCGCCUCCGUGCCGGGCCAGGACUUCGUCCGCGGCGACGACUACCUGCGCACGCUGUACGGCUACGAGGACGCGCACCGGUGGAGGAACUUUGGCAUCCUCCUCGCCUGGAUGAUCUUCUUCAUGGUGCUGCACCUGGCCGCGACCGAGUACAUCUCGUCCGAGCGGUCCAAGGGCGAGGUCCUGGUCUUCAGCCGAACGGCCAUGAGGCGCCGCCGGAGGAGGCGGGGCGGCGGAGGAGACGGCCCGGACGUCGAGAAGGACGCCGCGAACAAGCCACAGCAGCCUUCGAGCAGCAGCGGCGGCGGUAGCGGCGGCGGCGGCGGUGACACCUCGGAGGGCCAGACCGGCAGCAGCAACCUCGAGGAGCAGACGGCCGUCUUCCACUGGAAGGACGUCUGCUACGACAUCAAGAUCAAAGGCGAGCCUCGACGGAUAUUGGACGAAGUGAGCGGAUGGGUGAAGCCGCAGACGCUCACGGCGCUCAUGGGCGUCUCCGGCGCCGGCAAGACGACCUUAUUGGAUGUCCUGGCCACCCGCGUGACCAUGGGCGUGAUCACCGGCGAGAUGCUCGUCAACGGACAGCCGCGGGACGAAUCCUUCCAGCGGAAGACGGGAUACGUCCAGCAGCAGGACCUCCACCUGCACACCUCGACGGUCCGCGAGGCCCUCACGUUCAGCGCCCUGCUGCGGCAGCCGGCGCACUACACGAGAAAGGAGAAGCUCGAGUACGUGGACACGGUGAUCCAGCUGCUGGAGAUGGAGGAGUACUCGGACGCCGUCAUCGGCGUGCCGGGCGAGGGGUUCAACGUCGAGCAGCGGAAGCGCCUCACGAUCGGCGUCGAGCUCGCGGCGCGCCCGCAGCUGCUCCUGUUCCUCGACGAGCCGACCUCCGGGCUCGACAGCCAGACGUCGUGGUCCAUCUGCGACCUCAUGGAGAAGCUGACGCGCAGCGGCCAGGCCGUGCUGUGCACCAUCCACCAGCCCUCCGCCAUGCUCUUCCAGCGCUUCGACCGCCUCCUCCUGCUCGCGAGCGGCGGCCGGACCGUGUACUUUGGCGAGAUCGGCCAGGGGUCGCGCACGCUGAUCGACUACUUCGUCCGCAACGGCGCCCCGGCCUGUCCGCCGGGCGCCAACCCGGCCGAGUACAUGCUCGAGGUCAUCGGCGCCGCGCCGGGGGCCCAUACCGACAUCGACUGGCCCGCCCUAUGGAGGGAGACGCCGGAGUACCAGUCGGUCCAGGACGAGCUGGCCCGGCUCAGCGCGGGGACCUCGGCCCAUUCCACGCCGGCCGUGAAGCCGGACCCGUCCAGCUACGACGAGUUCGCCGCCGGGUACGGGACGCAGUACGAGGAGGUGACGAAGCGCGUGUUCCAGCAGUACUGGCGCAGCCCGUCGUACAUCUACUCCAAGGGGGUUCUAUCGUUUGGUACUGCCCUAUUCAUCGGCCUUUCCUUUCUCAACGCCAAAAACACGCAGCGCGGCCUGCAAAACCAGUCGUUCGGCGUCUUCAUCUUCAUCACCAUGUUUGGACAGGUCGCCGAGCAGAUCAUGCCCGUCUUCGUAUCGCAGCGAACCAUGUACGAGGCGCGCGAGAGGCCGUCCAAAGCCUACUCGUGGACGGCCUUUCUCUUUGCCAACAUCAUGGUCGAGAUGGCCUGGUUUUCGCUCAUUGCCGUCCUCAGCUUCGUGUGCUGGUAUUUCCCCAUCGGCCUGUACCGCAACGCGUACCCAACCGACCAGGUCGACUCCCGCGGAAUCACCAUGUUCCUGCAGGUCCUCAUGUUCUUCUUCUUCACCAGCUCCUUCGCCCACAUGAUAAUCGUCGGCAUGCCCAGCGCCGAGGUCGCCGGCGGCAUCGUCAAUCUGUUCGCCGUCAUGCUGUUUCUGUUUUGUGGCAUCCUCUCGGGUCCCAAUGAUCUCCCCGGCUUCUGGAUCUUCAUGUACCGCGUCAACCCCUUCACCUACGUUGUCGAGGGCUUCCUCGGCACCUCGCUCGCCAACGCGCCGGUGCGGUGCGCCGACGACGAGUACGUCGUCUUCGCCUCGCCGGGCAACCAGACGUGCGGGCAGUACCUGGCCAACUACAUCUCCGUCGCCGGCGGGUACCUGUCGGACCCGGACUCGGGCAACGGGGCCCAGUGCCAGUACUGCGCGCUGGCCGACACCAACGCCUUCCUGGGCGCCAUCAACAUCGAGUUCGGCAACCGGUGGAGGGAUUUUGGUUUCUUGUGGAUCUACACCUUCUUCAACCUGGGCAUGGCGGUCCUGAUCUACUGGCUGGUGCGCGUGCCGAAGAAGAGCAGGGUGAAGGGGGAGUGA